CCCCCGCCCGACUAAGCCCCCGCGCCAGUCCGCUCUUGGGCUGCUGUCUCCGCAGUCGUCGCCCCGGGCCCGGAGCUGGAGUCCCAGGGACUCACAGGACCCGGGCCCAGCCCUCGAAAAGUCGCCUCAGCUGGGGGAAUCGCUCGAACUCAGACGUCCUGUCCUAGUGCGACCCGCCUGGGUCGGAGGCUACGACCACCAUGGAGCAGUGUGCGUGUGUGGAGAGAGAGCUGGACAAGGUUUUGCAGAAGUUCUUGACCUAUGGGCAGCACUGUGAGCAGAGCCUGGAGGAGCUGCUGCACUACAUAGGCCAGCUACGGGCUGAGCUGGCCAGCGCAGCCCUCCAGGGGGCCCCUCUCUCAGCCACCCUCUCUCUGGUGAUGUCACAGUGCUGCCGGAAGAUCAAAGACACAGUGCAGAAACUGGCUUCGGACCACAAGGACAUUCACAGCAGCGUGUCCCGAGUGGGCAAAGCCAUUGAUAGGGUGAGCGCGCGGACAAACCCAAGCCUGUGGGUGGGAGUACCUUGGAGUGGCAUGCACAAAGACUCAGCAGGAGAGCAUGUGAGGGUUCCUGAGUCACAGGGCCCUGUCUCUCCUCCUUGCCAGAACUUUGACUCUGAGAUUUGCGGUGUAGUCUCGGACGCAGUGUGGGACUCUCGGGAGAAGCAGCAGCAGAUCCUGCAGAUGGCCAUUGUGGAACACCUGUACCAGCAGGGCAUGCUCGGCGUUGCCGAGGAGCUGUGCCAGGAAUCAACACUGAAUGUGGACCUGGAUUUCAAGCAGCCUUUCCUGGAAUUGAAUCGAAUCGUGGAAGCUCUGCAUGAACAAGACCUGAGGCCUGCAUUGGAAUGGGCUGUCUCCCACAGACAGCGCCUGCUGGAACUCAACAGCUCCCUGGAGUUCAAGCUGCACCGACUGCACUUCAUCCGCCUCCUAGCAAGUGGCCCUGAGAAGCAGCUGGAGGCUCUCAGCUAUGCCCGGCACUUUCAGCCCUUUGCUCGGCUGCACCAACGGGAGAUCCAGGUGAUGAUGGGCAGUCUGGUGUACCUGCGGCUGGGCUUAGAGAAGUCACCCUACUGCCACCUCCUGGACAACAGCCACUGGGCAGAGAUCUGUGAGACCUUUACCCGGGAUGCAUGUUCCCUGCUGGGGCUUUCUGUGGAAUCCCCGCUCAGUGUCAGUUUUGCCUCUGGCUGUGUGGCACUGCCCGUGCUGAUGAACAUCAAAGCUGUGAUUGAGCAGAGGCAGUGCACCGGGGUCUGGAGUCACAAGGAUGAGUUACCGAUUGAGAUUGAACUAGGCAUGAAGUGCUGGUACCACUCUGUGUUUGCUUGCCCCAUCCUCCGCCAGCAGACGUCGGACUCCAAUCCUCCCAUCAAGCUCAUCUGCGGCCAUGUUAUCUCCAGAGAUGCACUAAACAAGCUCAUUAACGGAGGAAAGCUGAAGUGUCCCUACUGUCCCAUGGAGCAAAACCCAGCAGAUGGGAAACGCAUCAUAUUCUGAUUCCUGCCUGGAACUUUGUUAAAAGGGGUUUUUCGUCCAUGAGCCUUGGUCUGUCUCAGUAGGGUGGGUGGCUCCAAUGGACUCUAGUUUAUUUCAGAGCACUUGGCUGAGAAGUGCUACCAUGGGAGAGCCAGAGCAGCCCUUUGGCAGAGCCUGAGGAGAGAGAUGAACCAGCCCACACCUGGCAGUUGGCUCCUUGGCUGUAAGGAAAGGAAAAUGCUGGCCUCUGUGCUCCUGCUCUGUCUCUUCCUGUUUAUAUUUCCCUUGACUUAGCAGGAACCAACAGAGUAGCAAAGGACUUGGCCUUCAGCAGCAGACAUCUUUCCAUCCCUGCCCUCAGCCAUGUCUCUUACUGCCAUGCCAACACUUGUCCAUUCUUGCCCUCAGCCCGAGGGUGUCCAGCUGUGGCCACCUCCUCCCCUGUACAGCCCCAACUGUAUGUAUCCAUUUCCCAUUGUAAAUAGUCAAAGUUAGAACUGAAUGCCAUUGUUUUAUAAUGUCAAGCAAAU